ACGUGCCCCGCGCUGUGCUGGUGGAUCUGGAGCCGGGCACCAUGGACUCUGUGCGCUCGGGGCCCUUCAGGCAGAUCUUCAGGCCAGACAACUUCAUCUUUGGUCAGAGUGGGGCCGGAAACAACUGGGCCAAGGGGCACUACACAGAAGGCGCGGAGCUGAUGGAGUCAGUGAUGGACGUUGUCAGAAAGGAGGCUGAGAGCUGUGACUGCCUGCAGGGUUUCCAGCUGACCCACUCCCUGGGUGGGGGGACGGGGUCUGGGAUGGGCACCCUUCUGCUCAGUAAGAUCCGGGAGGAGUACCCGGACAGGAUCAUAAACACAUUCAGCAUCCUGCCCUCGCCCAGGGUGUCAGACACGGUGGUGGAGCCCUAUAAUGCCACCCUCUCGGUCCACCAGCUCAUAGAAAAUGCGGACGAGACCUUCUGUAUAGACAACGAAGCGCUCUACGACAUCUGUUCCAGGACCCUGAAACUGCCCACGCCCACCUACGGGGACCUGAACCACCUGGUGUCUGCCACCAUGAGCGGGGUCACCACGUGCCUGCGCUUCCCCGGCCAGCUCAAUGCCGACCUGCGGAAGCUGGCCGUGAACAUGGUCCCGUUUCCCCGGCUGCAUUUCUUCAUGCCUGGCUUUGCCCCACUGACCAGCCGGGGCAGCCAGCAGUACCGGGCCCUGACGGUGGCUGAGCUCACGCAGCAGAUGUUUGAUGCCAGGAAUAUGAUGGCCGCGUGCGACCCCCGCCAUGGCCGCUACCUGACGGCCGCUGCCAUUUUCAGGGGUCGCAUGCCCAUGAGGGAGGUGGACGAACAAAUGUUCAACAUUCAAAAUAAGAACAGCAGCUACUUCGCUGACUGGCUCCCCCACAACGUCAAAACGGCCGUCUGUGACAUCCCACCCCGGGGGCUACAAAUGUCAGCCACCUUCAUUGGGAACAACACGGCCAUCCAGGAACUCUUC